AUGUUUGAAACAAUAAAACGUGCUCACAUUGCUAUGGGCCAUGGUGGCAGAGACAAAAUGAUCAAAGAAUUGUCAAGAUAUGCGAACGUAACGAGAGAUACUGUAGAACUGUUCAAAUCUGUGUGUGUUCAGUGUCAAAAGAAACGAAAGAGAUGUGCAACCAAGGGUGUUACUGUCAAACCGAUUUUAUCUAAGGACUACGGUUCACGAGCUCAGGUGAAUCUUGUUGACAUGCAGUCUUGCGCCAAAGGAAAAUAUAAGUGGAUAAUGGUGUACCAAGAGCAUCUAACAAAGUAUUGCAUAUUGUGUCCCUUAACUUCAAAGAGAGCAGCUGAGGUUCCAUUCCAGAUAAUAGACAUAUUUUUAAUGUUCGGAGCCCCUCAAAUUCUGCAAAGUGAUAAUGGUAGUGAAUUUACAGCAUUGGUUAUCUUGGAACUCAAACUUCUUUGGCCAGACCUGUUGAUCGUUCAUGGUAAACCAAGGCAUCCACAGAGCCAGGGAUCAGUUGAACGCCUUAACUCUGAAGUAAAAGACAUGCUUCUUUCAUAUUUAGGGGAUAAUGAUACAAGUGACUGGCCCAUGGGACUGAGGUUUGUGCAGUUCCAAAAGAACACCAGUUACCAUUCUGGAAUCAAACAAUCCCCAUACAAAGCACUCUGGUGUUGA